AAGAGGGGCAGGCAGCUGGGGCUCUGAUCCACUCACGACAACCCCGGGCACUUCUCUUUAUUCAGUAACAGGCCGCUGGCUCCUUGUUCAAUAAAGUCUCACCCUUCAGCCUUCAUUGAUGAGCCUUGUGGAAGAAGCAGAGUGAAACAAAGAAAGUCCUGUAAUGGAGUCGGGACAGGAUCAGGCUGAUGGCUUGCAAACUAGAAAGGAUGACUUAAUUAAUUUCAGCAUCCCUGUGGAUUAUCAGAUUGAUUGCUCAAGAAAUCAGAGAGAGGGGCUGCAGGCGAACGAUUCUCUAGAACUAUUGCACAGUGGGGCCAUGGAUACACAAUACAGUCUGUGUACUAAAAAUAUAGCUGAAGACCUGGAAACCAACACCGGAUCGACUGUACCUCAUACUGAUAAGGUACACUUGGAUGAUGCUAUUUCCAGUACUACAGUCACAGUCUCUUAUGUCAAUCGACCUCACCUGUUCUCUUCCCAAAGGAUAUUACAGCAUUCCUUGCAUGAGCAGCCAUUGGCAUCGCUCUUUAUUCCAUCUGUUUGCGUACAAUCUCAGCAGAUGGUGCCAGUCUCGUUAGAUUCAUCCAUUCCGACCAAUUUUGUUGACUCGUCAUUUGAAAGCUCUGUGUUGACACAGUCUGAUGAUCUGGAGCCUGUUGGAAGAGGCCUUGAAAAUGGAAUUGACUGCAAUAUUAUGAACCAGCACAAACUGAAGGUGCUGGACUUAGAUUUGCCAUUGGCUACUUCUGCAGUUCAUGAGCCUGGAUCAUGUGAUAGUCCACUCGAACAGACAUUAGAUACUGCUGAGGAAACCUUGUAUGAACAGUCAAGUGUUUCAUCUGGGUUGGAGUCACAAGACCCUGUAUGCCAGUUUUCUGGAGAAAUACAUCAGGAAAAUGAAUGGCACAGUGUUGUAAGUUCUGCUGAAACUGAUGUUCAAGACUCUGAAAUGGUUGUAAUAGAACUGACUCAGCCUUCAAUGUCAGAGGACAGACCAAACAAAAAGGAACAUUGUGAAAACCAAAACCUGCUGGACAGAGUGGAACAUUGUGAAACACAAAAUGGUACUAGUGUCUUCACUGAUGUUGAAAACUUGAACAACCGGUAUACAGAGGUUGAGCCUCAGCCUGUUUGUGAUUUGAGCAGGGCUUGCAAAGACCAGACAAAGGUAGAAAGUGUCAAUGAAUGUUCAGAGGUUGUAGUACCAGAUGAAUCUGAAGAAAGCCUCAGUGAGGAAACAUCGGAUAAAACAUGCCUUAUAGUCUUAACAGAAGGGGAGCGUAAUGUUUCCACAGUUUGUGACACAAGUGCACUAGCUUCAAACUCCAUGAAAAUGUCACCAAGUAUGGUAAGAUUAGAUGAUUGCCAGAGAGCAUAUGUGCAAAGUGUCAGGACCAAUAUGUCAUAUUAUGAGGAAGCACCCAAUGUAUAUGAUGUGCUGCAAAAUUCUGACGAAAUAGUCCUUAGUACAAGUGAUUCUACAGACCUUCAUCAUUUUCAGCAAACCAAUAUUCUUUCAGAACAGCAUGUGACAACUGGAGAGUGGUCUCCUGACCAAGAAGUAGUGUUUGCAUCUGACCUAAAGAAUGGAAAAAUACAUCAUUCAGAGAACAAUGCUGAAAGCAGUCAAACUAACAAUCUCAUGGAAAGCAAUUGCAACUCACCAGACAGUACGAUUUCUCCAAGUAGUGGGGAUCUGACACCAAAUCUUAAAGUACCUGAACAGUCCCUGAGUAGUGAUGAUAGCUGCUUGGAAGUAGAAAACCAGAUUUCUAUCAGUGAUUCAAAUGGCGCACUGUCUGCAACCAAAUUGAAUUUAAAGGAGAGCCCUGAAUCAGAACAGGUUGUUAACAAUGUGUGUGAGGACAGCAGAAGUUCAACUUCAUUCACUGAGCAGAUGUUUCCUUCUUUGCAGAGGCCAUCAGUUUCAGAAGGUAACCAUCCUAGGAUAAAGCCUUGCUCUCUUGAAUUGCAUAAACUAAAUGUUCUUGAAACAGAAGGGAAAUGUGACGUUCGAGGAUAUGUAUUAGACCUGAAAAAAAAUAAUGUUGCAUCGAUGGCGUGCAGCAUUUCUAUGAGUCUCUCUUUAGCUAAGUCUGGAAAAAUUGUUGAAGAUAAUGAGCAGGAAGAUUUUGCUGAGAACUCUGAAGAAAGUGGCCAGAGCUCCAGCACUGACAAUGUUUGUGAAUUCUUAUCUGUUCAGGAAGAGCCACAAAUUUUUAACAGGCGAAAGCAAGCGUUGGUCGCCAAGCCUGAUGACAGUGAUGUCGUCUGCAUUUCUGAGGAGGAGGAGGAGGAGGAUGAAAGUAGUUCAGUUACAAAAACUGACAUGCACCAGGAUCAGGUACAAGCUCAUGAGAAUAAGAAAUGGAGGACAGCAAGUCAACAACAUGCGAAUCAGAAGAAACUUGCAGAUCAACCUCUACAAAGUGAUGAUAAUGCUGAGCCCAAGCAUUUUGAAAGGAAGAUUCUUCCACCAAGACAAAGAGGAAUGAGGCUGGAGCAGAUCGUGCAAAAUAUCGUCACUCAGCCUAAGUCAAGAACAUCAAGCCUCAGUGAAAGGCUGCGAAGAAGCAGGGAUGCACGGACUCCUACCAGGUUUCAACCACCAAGAUACAAAUCCUGCAGCUCUACAACAGAACAAAAAUCCAAAGGUAGUGCUGGGUGCAGUCCCUGCAUCAGGGAUUCUGUACAAAAAAUGACUUUGGAAUAUAAAAUACAAGAACAGAAUGAGGCUAACCAAGGCGAAACAAGUACAAUCCCUGUGGAGAAACAGAACAAAAAUAAAUCUACCUCAAUUCCAGGCUCUUGCCAGGGACAUGCAACAAAACUGAGCGCUCCUAUUUCCCCUACCACAUCUUUAUGCAGUGCCUCUUCAUCUUCACAGCAGUUGACAGAGAUCUCCCGGAAGGGCCAUCCAUCAGGCAAUAAGCAAGAGUUUGGUAAAGAUGACCUCAAAUGUUUAAAUAGGAGGAGAAGAAAGCAGCUAGAAAGCACUAAGAAUGCCUUGCAGCCAAAGAACUGUGUGUCUUCCCGACAGCGAUCCACGCGGCAGAGGACAAGGGGUACAGCAAGAAAGAGAAUACGCAAACCAGUGGGAAAAAAGCGGCAAACACGACGGGGCCAACCCUCAUCUUUCUUUGCACCUGAAGAGCCUGAAAUAAAGCUAAGAGCAUUGUCUCUUAAAGCAGAGGACCGACGAGACAGAUAUGAUAGUUUUUCACCUUACAUUCGGGUAGAGACAAAAGGUUAUUCAACGUGUACAGUAGUAAACUAUGCUGAGGAGGAUAGUAACAAUCUUAAACAAAAGAAACAUUCCCAACAGCAGUCACAUGGUGCAGUUCCAAAAUCAUCAUGCUUGACAUUGGGUCCUACAAUUAAUGAGGCCUGUCACAAAAGCUUUCUAGUCUGUUGUCUUUGUGGCCAAUCUGCAAAUGCAAUGGAACAAGGUGAUCUUUUUGGACCUUUUUAUCCCAGAGGAUAUGCACCUUCAAACAGCCAAACUGCCCGCUCAAAAGAUACUAAGACUGAGCAAGCCAGCACAGUUGUUUCUAGCUCUAGUUGUAAUUCUAUUAGGAAUACAGUAAGUAAAACUUCAGGACAAAAUCAGGAGUCUAGGACAAGGGAAGGGGCAACAACCCGUGGCCAGAAACGCAGAGGUUUGGACAGUGAAGAAAUCACAAAAUGUUCUGAUAGUAAGAAGCCCAAGAAUGAAUUGUCUUUGGAAGAGUGGUACCAGCCUCCGUUGGUUCCAAUGGACAGUAACGAGUACUGGAUGCAUGAAGACUGUGUGACGUGGUGUGCUGGUGUAUUUCUUGUGAGAGGGAAGCUCUAUGGUUUGCUGGAAGCCAUCAGUGUUGCACAGGAGACACUCUGUUCCAUGUGUGAGAAAACCGGUGCCACUUUAGGCUGCUACAUUAAAGGCUGCCCCCUUAAGUACCACUAUGCCUGUGCUGUAGAUAGUAAAUGUUUCCUAAAUGAAGAUAAUUUCUCGAUGAAAUGUGCAAAACACAAGGACAAAGCUCUGAAAGUAUCAGCGAAGGGAGAAAGCAGGUGACAGUGAUACUGAGGUUCAAGUCUACUGAACUCUACCCUGGAGAUGGACAUGAUGUUUGGAGAGAGAGAGAGAGAGAGAGAGAGAGAAAGAAAGAGAGAGUCAGCCUUUACAAUGCAGCAAACUGAAGAUAAAGAAAGAAAGCACUGUGGUCUCCCAUGCUCUUUAUUUGCUUGUUGGUUAAGUAGAAUCAGUUUAUGUUCAAACAUGUCCAAGGCGUUCUGUCAUUAUUAAGAAGAUUAUUUUCCCCUAAUAUUAACAAAGCUGUUCUGUGGCGGUGAUGGGGAGGGUGUGUUUCUCUGUAUUGUCUGUAAAUGUUACAUCACCGUUUAAAAACAUUCACUAAGUUUUCAGAGUGAGCAGCAAUAGUUUGUGUAUGUAUGUUAUAGACAAACGUCAUGAACAUAGCAUUGAUUGGGUUGUGCAUUCAGAGCUGCCACAAGAACAGGAAGUGAUCUAAAUAUGCAGUACAAUACCAUCACCAUCUUAAUGGUGCUUCUGUGUGAAAUGUCAGGGUUAAAAUCACCAAAGGUCCUGUUUCUAGUCAUUUGAUCUCCACACAUUGUAGUGCACUGUAAUUUUCAAGCAUGCAUAGUGAUGCUGUAAUAGUCAGCACUUAACUCAAAGCAUCAGCACCUGAGUUUCUUUGUGCCCUUGAAAGCUGUGGCCUGUUAUUUAGUUAGCCUUGAGUGCAGUACAGUUGUAUCAUUCUCCUGCUGAUGGUCAGUCUUCAGUUAGUUGUCCAUGUCAAAUGAAUACUGCUGGGUGCAGUGUGGAUACAUCAGAACAAAACUACGACUUCACAUUAAAAUCAUUUGGAAAUGCUCAUUGGAAACAAAGAACAUGCUGUUUUACUCACAGAAUGAAAGAGGUCAGAAUGAUUUGCUUAAUGUGAUCAUUUUUUUCCAUUGUUACAGGUGACCCUGUAAAAUGUUUUUUUUUGUUGAUUGUAAUUUGUGAUUUGCCCCAAAAUAGUCUAAUGCAAAAUUUGCCCCUUUGCUCCUGUAACUAUUUCCCAAAAGGUUACUUGUAUGACAGGACUUUUUGGAAAAAAAACUCUAUAAAUGACAGCCUUGAUUUUUUUUUUUGGCCUCUUCUCAAGAGUGAGAUCUGUUAUACUGUUCUGACUUUUCAAUUCCAACUUCUUUUAAUACUUAUUGGCUUUGAUAAUCAUUUGAGAAGCUAUGGUUCUUUUAAACUGCAUUGUUUCAUGUAUUUUAAAACAAAAAGUCGACUCCUGACCACGUUUUUAUGGCUGAUUUGAAUGGUCACUUUAUUCACUGCAAAUGUGUGUGAGUUGGCGAGCCUGCUCUGGUUAAAGAUGGCUCUAAUAAUCUAAAUGUAAUAAAAAAUUACAAUUUAAAACCAUUACUGUGUGGCUUGAGUAAGGGCAACAAACAUUGAGUUCUGCUCACUUAGCCUUAAGCCCCUAGUUUAGCUGUGCCCUGAAGGAGGAGCGUGAUGUAGAUUUUGUUCUAUUUAAUACCUCGGUUAGGAGAAUUGUGUAGUUAUUUUGUGUCUUUUAAAUAAAAGUGUAUAACCCAGCUAAGGGAGCUCUACAGUGCAGAUACCACUUUUAUCAUAUAUAUAGAGAUAUAUAUAAAUCUAUUUAUUUUUAAAAUUAACCAUACUUAGAACUUCUUAAAUCCCUUAAAUUUCAUGUACUCUCCUUACACAAUGACUUAUACAGCACAAAUAAAGCUCAGUUAGGUUGAGCUCUCCUGCAAGAGUUAUUACAGUUGCCUUCUCAAAAAUCCUUAAUUAAGGUGCAUGAAACCAGUCGGAUCCCAGCUCCUCUGUCUGGAGAUCCCAGUGUGCAGAUUAAACUAGGCAGCCAGGCCAGUCUCAAAUACAGCUUUAAAACACUGUUCCCAAACCUUGCUAAAUAUUGAUGAUCCUGCAGAGUGUUUACAUUUUUGUACUUUGGUUCAUCUGAUUUUUGAAAAAAAUUAGUUUGUCCUCAAUAUUUACAAUGUUGGAUGAAGUUUUAUCAAACUUCAGCUCCCUUCCCUAAAACUGGCAAAUCCCAUUCAAUUAUUCAAUAUUUGAAUUGUCUGCAUAACGAAGCACUGCUGAUAGCCUCUUGGAAAGCAGAACAGAUGUGAAGUUGGGAGAAACUUCCUGCUUUGUUGGUUGCUCAAGUCACAAUCCGCAAAAAUAUGAGAACUGACUGAGGAAAAGGGCACUUAUUGCUGAACCUUUUGGAUUAUUUUUGUUUGCUGCAGAGAUUUAGGUUUACCUCAAGUAUACUUCUCUUCACUGUGUCUGCAACAUGAGCCAAACAUCUCGAGGAAAGUCUCCGGCUGGACUUGCAUUAGGUGCUGACUGAGCUAAUCCCAUCUGAUUCAGAAUUCAGUGGCAUGAUGCUAAAGCAGGGAAAGGAAUUGGUCAUGGUUCUCACACUUAAUCACUGUCCAGUUGGGGAUGCAUAUGUUCAGUUGUCAAUUAGCUUGUUGACAUUCAUUUACAUUACAUGUAGCAUGUGUACUGGGUAAAUAGUUCCUGUGAAACCAAUGGCCAACAUUGAGUACUUCAGGAAAAUGAGGGAGAUGCAAUUUGAGAUGGAGAGAAAAAGAAGUAUCAUUCUGGUAAUCCAGUGAUCACAACUUUGCUGAAGAGUUUAACUCUGAGUUUGGGCCAUUGUUUCUUGCCAGUCACAUGCUAAGUUGAGCAAGUUUUGUGGCCUUUGAACAUUUUGUUGGGAAGGCAAAAAGGUGAAAUGUUAUAAAGCUUGAUAUGACGUUUUGGACAGUUGGACAAACAGAAGUUCACUAUCCAAGAUGUGAAUUGAAAAAGCCAAGAGGGAAACAAAAACAUAUCUAACUCUUAACAGCUUCUCUGCAAAGACUAAGAAGUUCACUGGAGCUGUAUAACCAUUCAGAUGUCUGCCUAUACAAGGAAUCAGCCAUUUUUUGAGCAAAUGCACUUUCAGCAUAUUAGAUUACUGUGACAUUGGAUCAUUGUAAAGGACUGUGGUUUGCAAGUUUAGUUGGUUUACUGAAAGAUCAUUAUGGUUAUCUUACUGCCUUUAGCUUUGUUAGAAGUCUUAAGAUGGUCAAACUUUAGAAGCUAGGUGAUGUGAUUUAAUUGUUUCUAAAGAGUUUGUAAAUAUGAAGGACAAAAAUUAAAAAGGAGUUUGUUCAUUUUUGUUUUGUUUGCUUAAGUUUUUUUUAAUUGAUGUUCUACCCUUUUCCCUGUUCUGUGGUCUCUGAAGUUGGGUGACAAAUGGUGUCACACUUUCUGGGCUCUACUUUUACAUAAUUAUAAUUAUUUUAAUUAUUUCAUUAUUGUAAUUAUUAUUACCGUGCAAUAGAUUUGCUCUUUGAAUGAGCUACAGUGGAAGAUAUAUUGCAGGGACCUGUCUAUACCCCACCUGAGCUUGAUUCUUUUCUCAUUUCAAUCCAUGCCGACUAGGAGUGUCUAGACAGUGACCAGGACUUUGAAUCUGGGCAAAUAUUCCUUUUCCCUAGACCAAGGAAAGCUGAUUGCCAUCCCCUGUCCAAAUAACACAACAUUGAUUGGGAUCUCUAUGGUUCAUCUUCUCACUCAGUAGAUGUUAUUCAGCCACAGGCUGUCCUGUUUCAUUCCUAAUUCUCAUUUUUGGGGCUAGUUACAGAAUAAUAGAUACCACAGAGAGUGGAGUCUCUUUUACGCCACAAUAACCUGAACAAGUCAAGGAUUGAACCUGAGUAUUUAAUUGGAGCAGGCCUAACAAGAAAUGUAGCAUUGCCGUCUCUUCUACUGCAUUCUGGCUAAAUGUUAGCUAUGCAAGUAACAGACCAUAUUUCUUAAUGUCAGCUGGGAUAGCCUUACAACAACAAAAGACCUAUGACAUUUUUCUUUAAAAUGCACAUCAAGGUAACCUUAGUUUGUGUCACUUUUGACAAGUAUUAGCUAGCAGCUGAUAUUUUCUGGUAGCCUACUGUCAAAAAUGACCAAAUCUGUACUUGAUGCAAAAAUAAAUGUGUUUUACAGUAACUCUCUCAAGGCUGGAUGCCAAUUUCAAUUUUGAAUGUUGUCCUUUUCUCUUUAACCAGCAUGACCGUGGUAGGGUUGUAACUAGCUAGUGAUUUGGACAGAGCUGUCCUUCAGCGUGCACCAAGUUGUCAACCCAAAAUACAAUGGCAACAGAUUGACCUUUUCCUCCAUGUUGCUCUUGACUAGAAACUGGUGCAGAAAGUGCUCAUUUGCCCCAAACUGAGGCUGAAUCUAAAACUAUGUCCUUUCUUUACCCUUUCUUCUCUCAUUCCUAGUUUUAAAACUUAGACUUGCAGUGGCCCAUUGGUAUAAAAAUGAUUACUUCACAUUACUCCUACACUACCAAUGCUGCAGUUGCUCAACUGUGCUUAUCAUUUGGGCUGGCCUCUUUGGCAAGGUUGUUGGAUAGAGAUGUUUUAUGAAGGCUUACACCCAGCUAGAUACUGUUGAGUUUCUACAGUCGCGCCUGAUCGAGAUGGGUAAAGUCACAAAUGAAGAUGAACUGUGCUGAAGCUAUGAAUAGAGCUGUUGUACUAGUCAGCAUCCUUUAAUGUAAUGAAACUGGCUAUUGCUGCAUAUGACCAGAAAGGGCAAAGGUAGCUCCACAUCUUACAUCAACUCACAAAAGGCUGAGGCAGUAAUUAGCAGCAAGAACCUCAUAAUGAAGCUUGCUCCCCUUGUUUACCAGCAUUCACUGCAAAUUGGGCAGAUGUUUAACCCCAGGGUGCAGCCUCUUGUUCUCUAGGAGUUUGGUGAAAAGUGCUUGGCUUGUGGGCUGCAGUUUACUGCUUUAUUUGUUUUUCUUUAUACCGGCUACAUUUUCUUCAAGCUGAACUGAGACUUUUUUUAUAUAUAUAUAAAAUAAACUUCCUUUAAAUUUAGGCUGCAAGAGUUUUAUGUGCUUGUUGUAUUUUAUUUUUAAAUUCAAGUGGUGUCUCAUGUCAUUUCUGUACAUUUCUUUCCAUAAAUAAAAAUGAACAAGUUUUGGAAAUAA